GAGGGAGGGAAAAAAUGUUACAGAUUCCUACGUGAUUUUUGCAAGCAAUUACUAAACAAACUGAAAAGCACAAGAGGGUUUGCCAGCUGGAAGCAGGAUUUGCCUAUAAAAGAAGGGAUCAGUGGGCUCUUGUUUUGAUUGCAGAGGGGGGGAGAAACUUCAGACUCCUCUGUUUCUCACUAUCUUCCCACAACUACCCUAUGAAAAAAUGAGUUGCGUGCCAUGGAAAGGUGACAAAACCAAAUCGGAGUCUCCUGAGCCACCACAGCUGGCACCACUGCGUAUUUACCAUGAGAAACAGCGUAGGGAGCUGUGUGCUCUCCAUGCCCUCAAUAAUGUCUUCCAGGACAGCAAUGCCUUCACCCGGGAAACACUGCAAGAGAUUUUCCAGAGACUGUCUCCCAACACCAUGGUGACACCACACAAGAAGAGCAUGCUGGGAAACGGGAACUACGAUGUGAAUGUCAUCAUGGCAGCGCUUCAGACCAAAGGCUAUGAAGCAGUUUGGUGGGACAAGCGCAGGGAUGUUAAUGUCAUUGCCCUCUCUAAUGUGAUGGGCUUCAUCAUGAAUCUGCCCUCCAGCCUCUGCUGGGGUCCCCUGAAGCUCCCCCUUAAACGACAGCACUGGAUCUGCGUCCGGGAGGUGGGAGGCACCUACUACAAUCUCGACUCCAAACUCAAGAUGCCAGAGUGGAUUGGAGGUGAAAGUGAGCUCAGGAAAUUUUUGAAACACCAGCUGAGAGGAAAGAACUGUGAACUUCUGCUGGUGGUGCCAGAGGAGGUGGAAGCACAUCAGAGCUGGAGAGCUGACAUGUGACCCGGAUUUGCCCUGUCCUUUCUCACUACAGCUCCUGUCCCUCCCCCCACAACCCCCUGAUGUCCUUUGACCUGGAUAAUGGGUGCCCUAGCUCUUUUCCUCUGGAACUUCCUUUCAUUGGUCUCUUUUCUUUCUGUAUUGAUGGUGCAAUAGGACAGUGGCAUAGGGUAUUGUGGGGGCCGGAAUGGAUGAGGAAGGAAGCCAGUCACUUUUUAAUGAGGAGAGGAGAGUGAGCUCUAUGCUUUUAAACUGAUUACCUUGCAUAGUGCUCUUUAAAAUAGGCUUUGGGGAUAAGGUGUUUGGAACACUCUGCUGAUUCUUCCCCAUACCCCAAUAUCUUAAAGACUAAUUGUGGUUGGACACUACUCCCUCCAGACUUAACAAAACUUCUUUGGAUGGAAGGUGUCAAGCAUGCUGCCUCCUCUCUGAAACAGUCUCUACCCCCAAAGCAAACUAUGCUGGAUACAUUUGCAAAUCAUGGGGGACUCUCAGGAAACUGUCGAACACUAGCAAUGGUAUGGUGCUCUGUAGAAUCUCCUGUUUAGUGAGGGUUUGUGCCAAGGGUUAGGGACAACCUAUCUUUAAAGAAACUCUUGGGGUAGGUUGGGGGAUUCUUCUCUAAUGUUUUUAGGGAUUUUUGUUAUGCAGAUGGCUUAGAUGCUUCUUUGGAUAGUGCAGGGCAGGCUGAUUAGGGAGUAGAAGUGGUAGCAAGUUUAGGCUGGUUCAGAAGCAUCACAUCUGGAGUGAGAGAGGCCACCGGAGGCUUGUAGGGGGUUUUCAUUGGUGCGGUAUAUAACAUCUUAAUUGUUCCUGUAUGUGCACUUGUUAGUUCAGGAGCUGAUUGCAGAGAAGGGAAUAAAACUGAAGGUGUUUAAGAGGAAGGAGGGAGUUAUUUCCUCUUAUUUUCCUCCUCUGUGGAAGACUAGCCAUGGCCAUGAGAGAGGAAGAAAGAGGGUGGAGAAACUCUUCUACAAAUAAACUAGGAGUUACGCAAAGCAAAAUCAAAGAGAGGCAUUGCAAUUCUAGAUUUCUCUGCCUCCUAUCAUCAUCAGCAGUUACUGGGAGAGAUGCGUACAGGGUACAUGAGAGAGUCUUUCUGAUGGUAAAGGCAGAUUGUCUAGCAUGGUAGCUGAACCAAGUACUUUGGUUUUGGCUGACAGAUAUUCCCUUGACUGCUGAAUCACCUCACCCUCUGUUCCCUCCUGCAGAGAAAAGUGACUAAGAGACAGGGAGACUCCAGUAGGAUUCUUUCACUCAGUGUUUUUUCCUAUGCCACCAGGUGCUGGGUGUAGUUUAAUCAUUCCUUCCGCAGCAGAAAGAGGAAAGGGUGAGUUUGGGAUGAAUUUCACACUACUAUUGACUCUUCCUGGUCAAGAUAUGUUACAACUGUUUGUCUCAUUUCCUAAUGCACAUGCUGUCCUCCCAGUUAUAACAGCAAGUGUAGAACAGUGAUGGAAACCACCCUGGGUAAGCCAGUGUCUGAAGCUAAACUUACAAACCACCAAAGCCUUCCCUUUGCAACAGAAAACAGAGGCCAUGUGGCAACAGGACAAGAGUGGUGGUGUGGUCAACCCUGGACAUCCUACAGGCACCAUGCUGCAGCCUC